AUGGCCUACGCGCCCAACGCAGCCGGGAUCUUGCAUGCUGGCAUCUUGCUGCGUGGCGUGGGUGUGACUGUCAACCCACAGCUGUCGCUCUUCGGAGUGGCUUCCGAGCGAGACAGGCGCAAACUUCGAAGCACAGCAGCAUCCAGACACCCAGCCUUGCCUUGCUUCGCCUCGGGUCGCGGCCAAAGCGCUCGAGCGGGUGGCUGGCUCACGCAGCCUGGAUACCUCGCAUCUCCUCCCCUCGAAGCCUGCUUCUCGCCUCGCUUUCGUCGUCAUUCGGCAACAUGCUCCGCUACUCGGGAGGCAUUCGGAAUCUUGAUUGGAGGCCGAAAGCCGUCCAAGAAUCUGGGCCCCGGGGAGCACAUGAUUUACGGAAAGCAUGUCAGACGAUUCACCGCCUGCAUCAUCGCCAACGCUGCUCUUGCACGUCGACAUUGGGAGGCGUCGCAACACUGCUCGAUACCAUCCGAGAUGGAUGCUGACGCACACGCUGGAUCUUCGACGGCGUCGCCGAUCGUUGCCUCCGACGACUUCACCGAGUCUGCGGCCUGGACGGCCGAGACCGAGAUCUCAGCAAACGAGGUGGUGGAAAAGGAGAAACUCGUUCGAGAGAUCAUGGCACGACAGGACGGGUUGCGCGCCCUGCUCAGCCGCGUGAGCUCGGUCAAAGAAGAUUGCAAGAAGGCCGAGGCAGACAACGAGAUGCUGCAGACCUACAUCGACUCGGUCACAAAGAGUCUUGCUGCGAAAGAGAGGGGCUAG